AAUCACACGCGCCGGGAUCCUGCGAACAUACAUAUAAAUCAGGCUGACAGCCCAAACUCCCAGGCAGAGAAUAUGAGAAUAUCGAACACAAAAUAAUAAGUCAAGUAACUGGACCUGCCAGUGCGAUAUCAUACAUUUUAAUUUCUGUUGGUGUCCAGGUGUUUUAUAGUAAUAAAAAAUGGCUACGUCUGCCAGUGCUCAGUUGAGUAAAGUGGUAAAACGGCAGUAUAUGGAACUGCCUCAGGGAGACAAAGUACAAGCCAUGUAUAUCUGGAUCGACGGAACCGGAGAAGGACUGCGAUGCAAAACCAGGACGCUGGACUCUGAGCCUAAAAGCAUUGAAGAUCUUCCUGAGUGGAAUUUUGAUGGUUCCAGCACGUAUCAAUCUGAAGGCUCCAACAGCGACAUGUAUCUCAUCCCCUCAGCCAUGUUUAGGGAUCCUUUCCGCAAAGACCCCAACAAAUUGGUCUUGUGUGAGGUGCUCAAGUACAACCGAAAGCCUGCUGAAACCAACCAUCGUCAUACAUGUAAAAAGAUAAUGGAAAUGGUAGACCAUCAGAUCCCUUGGUUUGGCAUGGAGCAGGAGUACACUAUCCUGGGUACAGAUGGACAUCCAUUUGGUUGGCCCUCCAAUGGGUUCCCUGGUCCCCAAGGACCUUAUUACUGUGGAGUUGGAGCAGAUAAAGCCUAUGGCAGGGACAUCGUGGAGGCACAUUACAAAGCCUGCCUGUAUGCUGGUGUGAUGAUCUGUGGGACCAAUGCUGAAGUUAUGCCAGCCCAGUGGGAAUUCCAGAUUGGCCCCUGUGAAGGCAUCAACAUGGGGGAUCACUUGUGGGUAGCUCGUUUCAUCUUGCACAGAGUUUGUGAAGACUUCGGUGUGGUAGCUUCAUUUGAUCCUAAGCCGAUCCCAGGCAACUGGAAUGGCGCUGGUUGCCACACUAACUUUAGCACCAAGGAAAUGCGGGAAGAUGGUGGGCUAAAAUGCAUUGAGGAGUGUAUUGAUAAGCUGGGAAAGAGGCACAACUACCACAUCCGCGCCUAUGAUCCAAAGGGAGGCCUGGACAAUGCUCGUAGACUGACUGGCCACCAUGAAACCUCCAACAUUCAUGAGUUCUCAGCAGGCGUAGCCAACCGUGGUGCUAGUAUCCGCAUCCCGCGAACAGUGGGACAAGAGAAGAAGGGCUACUUUGAGGACCGCCGUCCAUCUGCCAACUGCGACCCCUAUGCGGUCACUGAGGCCCUGAUUCGCACAUGUUUGCUUGAUGAAGAGGGUGAAGAACCCGUGGACUACUAGAUAUCUCUCCUUCUGGACUGAACUUUCCUCACAUUCUUGCCAUACUCAACCACCCCCCCCCCCCCUUUUUUUUUAUUUUUAUUAUUAUUAUUAUUAUUUUUUUUUUUAAAUGGCCAUCAAGCCAAAUUAGUACUGUAUCUUAUUUUCUAUCAGGGUGGUUCUAACCUGGCAUUUUAAUCACUGAAGUUGACUGGUCAACUUAACAUUUUAAGAUUAAAUCUGAAGUUAACCUGAUCUGACUGGGGACAUGGUGUUGCAGGGCAUGUCUUUCCCCUGUUUUUAUCUUAAAUAUUUUUUUCGUUCCUCAUUUUAAUUGUUGGUGGGGUGUGUGGUGGUUUUUUUUUUUUUUUUUUUUUGGGGGGGGGGGGGGGGUGUUUAACAUUAGCGUUGAAAGCUCUGAUCCCAUGACCCUACCUAUUGGUAGUUAAGAUGGACAGACACAUCAGGUGCACUGAAGAACCUAGGGUUGCCAAGGCUAGACAACAUCUAAUUUCUCUUAAACCAAUAGCUAGUUGUUGCGUAUGUUGACUUGGUUAUUAAAGUAUGUAAUGUUUCAAUGCGUCUUACUGACAGUGUAUUAAAUGGUAAAUUUGGGUAUCCAUUUUGACUGUACACACUGUUCAUGUUGUGCGGUACACUUCACAGUCGAGGUCCAAUAACUGUCCUGUUUUUAUACUUGUAGAUCUGUUAUUUGUCAUGUUAAAUCCCUGAUUCAUCAAGGAUUUGAUCUUGUUUUUAUCUACUACUAUGAUGUAACUGCACCUGUUUUGGUAAAAACCUGAAGUUGCUAAAAAAAAAAGACUUAAACAUUUAUUUUUACCACA